AGGUCUACAAAUAUAAAGAGUGCCAGGAAAUGUUGUUAUCUGUCAGAUAACAUAGAAUGCCUAUCGGACUUGUUUUGGAUUAUAUGAUAACAAAUAGGACAAUCCUUGUAUUGCACAAAAACCAAUGGUGUCUCAAAUGGAACUCCAUAAUUCCUUUGAGCUUUGUCUUGGGUUGACACGCCAAUUAGUGCAUUUAUAAUUCAUGACGUGGGUUAAUUGCUACACUUAAACCCAGCAAAACGGCGAACUAUUGGGGGCUGUAAUUCCUCUAAGGCGAAUCCAAACCUUAUCUCAAACAACAGAUAUCAGAUAAAGUUCCUCAUGAUAAAGCCCGAAGAAGAGAGCGAUUGUGAAUCAGUUUUGGACGCAUCUUUGCAAUGGUAACCACACAGCGGACCAAGGAGAUUUGCCAAAUUAUACGGCUUAAAUCAACUCAGGUGUUCCUGGUGGCUGGAACAUGUUUGGUAACGGUGAUGGUCACAUUGCUCUGCAUUGGCUUUAUGACCAGGUACGAGGUGGAGAACGAGGUGGCCAACGUGGCGGAUGUGGAUUAUUGGAAGGACAAGGUCGCCACAUCGCAGAAAAUCUGGUACGAUAAAGGAAUUGAUGAGCUCAACGAAGCACUAAGGCCAACGGAUUCAACUUAUCCCAGAAACGUGAGGAUAUUUGUGGUUCAGGGAAUCGAUGGACGAGACUUGGCUGGUUUGCGCUUUCCAAAUAUAAAUACCAGCCGAGGCAAUACCAACUUCAUUUGGGAUCAGUUUCCCCACUUGGCUCGCUUGCAAAACAGCUGUAGUCAGCAGUCUCCUUGUGAAGUGGCACGAGUUUCCAAGGCCUUUUGGUCGGGAAUACCUUUGGAUAAGGUCCCAGAAAGUCAGGAGGUUUGCGGAUGGGCACUUAAUGCCACCCAAACCUCGAUAAGUAUUCUUCGACAGGCUCAAUUGGCUGGCCUGCGAACGGGUUUUGUGACCACUCAAAGGAUUACAGGAUUUACGGGAGCUGCUUUGGGAAAUACUCAUGGCAACUUUGAAUGCAAUGAAAGGAUGCCUCGGAGUGCCAUUGAAUCCGGUUGCCAGGAUAUAGCCCAUCAGUUGAUCUCUGGUGAAACUGGUAAAUCCCUGAAUGUACUCAUCGGUGGAGGCAGGCAAAUGCUGAGCAGUCUCGUGCCCAACACCAAAUACGAUCCAGUGGAUGAGCUGCUCUGCGAGUCCAACGAUGGACGCAACCUGCUGAAGGAUUGGAGAACCCAAAAACUUAGGGAGAGCAAAGUCAAUCCAAUAAUAUUCGAUUUGAUUCAGCGAAGCGAUGAACUGGAUUCCCUAAAUGCUAGUAGUUUUGACUACCUAUUGGGUGUGAUGGCCAAUGGAGAUUUGAGUGGUAAUGCAAAGGCCCCAAGUCUGAAAUUAAUGGUGGAGAAGUCUCUGCAAGUGCUUAAUAAGUAUAAACAAGGAUAUCUACUCAUAGUAGAGCAAUUUAUACCAUCGGGCGUUGACAAAAGAGAGCAGUUGCAGCUUUUGAAUGAUACGUUGGUUAAUCUUCACAAGGAUCAGGAGACUUUAACUCUGGUCUUAAUGACCAAUGCCAUCUAUCCAAAGGCAAGCCUGGAUGUCAGCGGAGAAACUGAGACAAUCAGCCUUCUUCCGGAGAUUUUUAAUGAGCCGGAAUCUGAGAUCCAAAAGAGGAUGUACCAAAUGCCCUCGGAAAGUUUACUUUUUGCACAGGGCCCCAAGUCCCCCAUUUUUCACGGUGUAAGAAAAGAAACCUUCCUGGCACGUGCAGUAUCGCAUGUCCUUAGCAGAAGUAGAACUCAAACUUAGCACACUUCAAAUAUAUGAGAGCAUAUUAAAAUAUAUUUAUAUAGAAUUGCAAUAGCUGUCCCCGAAUAA